AUGGCACCUCAAAUACUCCCUUUUAGGGAUGUCAAUUUACAUGCCUCGCCCUCACACUAUGCCUUUACUUCACCCUCGUCUCCCCAGGCACCCACGCUCGUGGUGGAUCGGCCAACGGGCGACCUCCGACUGAACGAUGGCCCUCUAUCGGGAGCAAAGCGCAUUUCCAGUGUCGCUGGAAUUCUAGGAAUCGUCAAGAUGAAACUAGACAAAUACAUCAUUGUCAUCACGAAAGCCCAGCCGAUGGGACGCCUGCGCGGCCACAUGGUCUACAAAGUUGCUGCGACCGAGUUCCUGCCGAUGCGUGAACGUCCGCUUCAUGAUAAAGACGAGGACACCUACCUUGCUCUCGUGAAAGACCUCCUGCGCACUGGCCCUAUGUACUUCUCCUACUCCCUGGACCUUACCAACAGUUUCCAGCGCCAGUCACAGAGUGCGGCGGAUCUUCCCAUGUGGAAGCGUGCCGAUGACCGUUUCUUCUGGAACCGUUUUGUCCAGUCGGAUUUGAUUGACUUCAGUCUUGGAGAACAUGACACAAACGGCAUUCGAUACGGUCCGCAGCCCGGCGUUGACCCCUUUAUCCUUCCUGUUAUGUUUGGCAUGCUACGCAUCACCCCAGCUCGAGUCAAAGGAAUCUCAUUUACAUUUGCCCUCAUUACUCGACGAUCCAGACACAGAGCGGGAACAAGAUACUUCUCUCGUGGAAUUGACGAGCAAGGCAACGUUUCGAACUACAAUGAAACAGAGCAGAUUGUGAUUCUGAACGAUGCCGCCGGAGGGCUAUCGGGAUAUGCGCCUGGUCAAUCCAUGACCAAUAAUAAGACGGGUCAGGAUCUUCAAGUCUACUCCUUCGUCCAAACUCGAGGCAGCGUGCCCGUGUUCUGGGCCGAGGUCAACGAUCUGAAAUAUACCCCAAAGCUCCAAGUCCGUGGGGUCGAGACUGCCGUCGAGGCCGCUCGUAAGCAUUUCACUGAACAAAUUCGUCUGUACGGAGAGAACUACAUGGUAAAUCUCGUCAACCAGAAAGGCCGAGAGGAACGGGUCAAGAAAGCAUACGAGCAGCUGGUUCGCAUCCUCGUCACGUCCUCCACCGAGACCACUGAAGCUGACGACAAGACCUCCGAGAAGAUUCACAUUUUGGAACCAGGUCUGAAACGGAAAGAGAUGGACCGUCUACAUUACGUCUAUUUUGAUUUUCACAAUGAAACCAAAGGCCUGAAAUGGCACCGUGCUGAGUUGUUGAUGGGUCGCUUGAAUGAUGGGUUGAACCAGGGUGGCUACUUCCGAGGCGUCGAAGCACCAGGAGCUUCGGGUGGACAAUUGGAUAUCCGAUCGACACAAACAAGUGUUGUGCGGACUAACUGUAUGGAUUGUCUUGAUCGGACCAAUGUCGUGCAGAGCAUGCUUGGUCGUUGGGCGGUAACACGGCAGCUCAUGGAUGCCGGUGUGCUUCGCGCGGGCGAGACUGCCAAUGAUGACCGAGAAUUUGAAGAUCUAUUCCGGAACAUCUGGGCAGAUAACGCUGAUGUUGUUUCGAAGUCGUAUUCCGGCACUGGUGCCCUGAAGACUGAUUUCACCCGAACAGGGAAACGUACUCGCGCGGGUGCGCUCCAGGACUUGAACAACUCCAUCACUCGAUAUGUCCGCAACAACUUCAUGGAUGGUCCCCGCCAAGAUGGCUUUGACGUGUUCCUGGGCACAUAUCUCCCCUCAGACGCCAGUUUUGCAAACAUAAAGCUGUUCAUUGACCGAAGACCCCUGGCCAUCCAAGCGGUUCCGUAUGUUCUUGCGGCCAGUCUGUUUCUGAUUUUGGUUGCCACUCUCACCCGACAACUACCCGAUGCCGCGGUCUGGCCACUUCGGCUUUUCAUGAUCUUCUGGGUCAUCAUUGGUGCCUAUUGCUUCCGCUUCAUUCAUGGGCAUGGCAUGCUCUAUGUCAAUUGGCCAAAACUUAAUACCCCUGUGGCUGGCGCGGAAGGAUAUCAGGAUGCUCUGAUCAAAGCUCGCUCUGACCCAAUAGUUGGCCAAUGGCUUCCGACUAAAAGACAUCAGCGAGGCAUCAGCAAUGCUCGUCUUGUAUUCCUUGAAGAGGGCAAGACUAGGAUUGAGUGA